AUGAGUGAACGAAACGAGGGUCCCGAGCCUGUUGGAACGCCGUCUCCUGCAGUCACCGUCACCGGAGAACAGUCGGACAUGGAGAAGGCUCCCGUGUUCAAUGAACAGACCAAGUACUUGCCGAAGAGGCGAAUCGUGUCGGUGUUCCUGGCAUGCGCAAGUAUCGACUUCGCCGCCCUCUUGGACCAGACGUCCCUUGCUGCCAGCUUGUCCAUCAUUGGCAGAUCGCUCAAUGCAAGCAAUCAGAGUUCCUGGAUCUCGGGUGCCUACUUCGUCACCUCAACUUCGUUCCAGCUCCUCUACGGACGGCUCUCGGACAUCUGGUCUCGCAAGGUCAUCCUGUUGAUCGGCAUCGCCAUUUUCUUCUUCGGCUCCCUGGCAUCUUCUCUCGCCCAAGACGUUGUCCAGCUCAUCGUGUUCCGCGCCUUCACCGGCGUCGGCGGCGGAGGGUUGAUGACGGUGGCUCAAUUCAUCGUCAGCGACGUCGUGCCGCUCCGUGAAAGAGGCAAAUACCAAGGCAUCUUGGGCGCCUUCGUAGCACUGGGCAACGGCGUCGGCCCCGUCAUCGGCGGUGCUCUCGCCUCGCAGUCCGAACAGUCAUGGCGCUGGAUCUUCCGACUGAACCUCCCGCUCAGCGUCAUCAUGGUCCUCUGCGUCGUCUUCUUCAUGCCUCUCAAGAAAGUCGAAGGAGACUGGAAACUCAAGCUCAAAGCCGUCGACUUCUUCGGCGCAGUCCUCGCCCUCGGCGGCUCCGCCGUGCUCGUCCUGGCACUCACCUGGGCCGGCGGCGAAUACGCAUGGCAGUCCCCGCACGUCAUCGCCUCCUUCGUCGUCGGCAUCGUCGUCUGCAUCCUCUUCGUGCUGUGGCAAUGGAAAGGCACCAGCGUCCCGCUCGUCCCCCUCCGCAUCUUCCGCUCGCGCGUCGUCGCCGGCGCCUCCAUAACAAUGUUCAUCAACGGCUGGAACUUCGUCACGCAAAUCUACUACAUCCCGACCUUCUACCAGCUCGUGUACGCCCACUCCCCCACCACCUCGGGCGCGCUCCUCCUCCCCCUCACCCUCACCCAAACCCUCUGCUCCACCCUCUCCGGCCUGCUCGUCACCUGGACCGGGCGCUACCGCGAGCCCGUCCUCGUCGGCUGGCUGCUCUGGAGCAUCGGCCUGGGUCUCUUCGCGACGCUCGACGCGCGUUCCGGCGUCGGCGAGCAAGUCGGCUACGCGAUCCUCACCGGCGCGGGGGUCGGCGCCACGCUGCAGCCCAGCCUCGUCGCCAUCCAGGCGGGCGUGCCGCGCCGCGACAUGGCGGUCGUGACGGCGUGGCGGAAUUUCGUGCGGAACCUGGGGGCCACGCUGGGGCUGGCGGUGGCGGGGACGGUGGUGAAUAAUGCGGUGGGGGGCGCGGUGGGCGGGCUGGGGCUGGGGGAGGAGGUGGUGAGGCGGUUGCUGAGGAAUCCGGAGGGGGUGUUGGAGGGGAUGGGGGACGAUGACGCGGGAGAGGUGGAGAGGGUGAGGGGGGCGUUGGAGGGGGCGUAUCGGGAGGGGUUUAGGGUCGUGUUUUAUGUCAAUGCGGGGUUGGCGGCUGUGGCGUUUUUUGUGGCGGCGGCGCUGUUGCCGCAGGUUAGUUUGGUGAGGGGGGAUGAUGAGAGGUUGAAGGAGGAGGCGAGGGCGAAGGAUCAGGAGAGGAGGGGUGGUGGGAAGGGCGAGGCGGAGGUGGGGGCGAGGGCGAGGGAUGGGGUGUAG